AUGCAGUACCGGACCAUCCAGCCCAUCCUGUCCGCCCUCUAUAUGGCCGCCCCCUCCGUCGCCAGCUACGCCUUCUACGUCGGCAAGCAGCUCACCGCCGACGGCGCCGUGCUCGUCGGCGGCACCGGCGAGGAAGUCUCCUCGCACUGGCUACAACUGUUCCCGGCCCUCGCGCACCUGCCCAACGCCACCGUCACCGUCGGCGCCACCCCCGCCGCCGCCAUCCCCGGCCAGCGCCUCGCCAUCCCCCAGGUCGCCCGCACCCACCGCUACCUCAGCAUGGAGUACUCCGACUUCGAGGGCUUCCCCGCGCCGCUGACCAACGGCGGCCUCAACGAGCGCGGCGUCGCCGUCCGCGACGUCUGGGCCCCGAACCGCGAGGAGCUCCUCGCCAUGACGCCCGUCCCGCAGCGCGGCCUGCACUACGCGGACCUCGCCCGGCUGGUCCUGGAGCGCGCGGACUCGGCACGCCACGGCGUGGAGAUUGUCGGUCAUCUUAUACGCAAGUACGGCUACGCGACGUAUGACGCGGGUAACACGCACCUGAUCGCGGACAGCGACGAGGGCUGGGUUGUGUGGGAGUUUGCCGGCGGCCGCGGGCUCUGCGCGGCCGAGCGUCUGAAGGAGGACGAGGUGCGCGUGCUGUACCCUGGGUAUAUCGAGGACUUCCCCGUCGACUUCGCCUCCAGCGCGGACCACAUGGGCUCGGAGAACCUGGUCUCCUUCGCGGUCGAGCAGGGCUGGUGGGAGCCCUCCUCGGGCGCGCCGUUCAACCUCUUCCAGGUCUACGGCGACGCGCAGGACGGCAACAAGACAGCGCGCGACGGCGGCUUCAAGUACAUGACACCGGCGGACCUCGAAGCCGCGACGGUUGCGAUGGCGCCCCUGACGGAGACGAAGCUGAUGGAGCGCGUGCGCGACCCGCGCAUCGCCGACGACGAGGCCGGGUAUGGCCAGGUGGUGCGGCUGCACGCCGACGCCGCCGGCGCGGCGCCGGCCCUGCUGCGCAUGUGGAACGCGCCGACCGGCUCGCUCGCCGCGCCGUUCCUGCCCUGGUGGCUCGGCGUCGAGUCCGUCCCGCCGGAGCUCGCCGCCCACCGGUACCUGACCGCCGGCGCGUCCGCGAGCUUCCUGAACCCGGACUUUCAGCUGCAGGAGGCGUCGGCGUUUGCGGGCCGGCUGUUCAAGCGCGUGCUGUACUACAUGUGCUCCGCGCCGGCGAGGUUUUUGCCGCUGGUGACGGAGAUGCUGACGGCGUUUGAGGAGCGGUCGGUGCGAGACGUGGAGUGGGUGGAAAAAGCCGCUCGGGCGUUGAUUGCUGGUGGUGAUGAGGAUGCCGCGGGGAGUUUGCUGACGUAUUAUGCGCAUGAGCGCGCGGACAAGGCGAUGCAUUUGGGGCGCACAAUGGUGGACGCGCUGGACGCGUACGUCAAGCUGUCAGGCGGGUGGAGGAGCCCGAAGGGCAGCGAGAUUAAUGACCCCGGGGAGGGUGCAGAAACGGUGAACUGCUUGGUCGGCGCGGAUCCGGAUCAGCCGCGGCCGCCGAGACGCCGACUGCAAAAGCAGACUCUCUGA